UCGCCGCCCGACGUGUUCGCCGGCUUCGCGCCCCACCCAGCGGCCCUGGGUCCCCCGACGCUGCUGGCCGAGCAGAUGAGCGUGAUCGGCAGCCGCAAGAAGAGCGUGAACAUGACCGAGUGUGUGCCCGUGCCCAGCUCGGAGCACGUCGCCGAGAUCGUGGGUCGCCAGGGGUGCAAGAUCAAGGCCCUGCGCGCCAAGACGAACACGUACAUCAAGACUCCGGUGCGUGGGGAGGAGCCGGUCUUCAUUGUGACCGGCCGCAAGGAGGACGUGGAGAUGGCUAAGCGCGAGAUUCUCUCGGCCGCUGAGCACUUCUCCUUGAUCCGCGCCACGCGCAGCAAGGCGGGCGGGCUGCCGGGCGCCGCCCCGGGCCCGCCCAACCUCCCCGGCCAGACCACCAUCCAGGUGCGGGUGCCCUACCGCGUGGUGGGGCUGGUGGUGGGGCCCAAGGGCGCCACGAUCAAGCGCAUCCAGCAGCGGACGCACACGUACAUCGUGACGCCCGGGCGCGACAAGGAGCCCGUGUUCGCCGUCACCGGCAUGCCCGAGAACGUGGAUCGCGCGCGCGAGGAGAUCGAGGCGCACAUCACGCUGCGCACCGGCGCCUUCACGGACGCCGGGCCUGACAGCGACUUCCACGCCAACGGCACCGACGUCUGCCUGGACCUGCUGGGGGCGGCCGCCAGCCUCUGGGCCAAGGCUCCCCACCCGGGGCGGCGGCCCCCCCCCGCCGUGGCCCUGGCGCGCGAGUGCGUGGUGUGCGCGGAGGGCGAGGCCAUGGCCGCGCUGGUGCCCUGCGGCCACAACCUCUUCUGCAUGGACUGCGCCGUCCGCAUCUGCGGCAAGAGCGAGCCCGAGUGUCCGGCCUGCCGCACGCCGGCCACCCAGGCCAUUCAUAUCUUUUCGUAGCGCGGGUGGGGCGGG